UAAACGAAACGUCCGCAAUAUGUCGGACGAAAUGUGUUUGUCAACAUUCUAUUGAUUUUUCUUGUUAUAUUAAAAAAUAUCAAGUAAAUUAAUCAACACAACACAAAAAAUAAUCGUAAUCAGUUAUUUCACUGUUAAACAACUUCAUCUUUAAGAACUCAGUGCGAUUAGACGUAGAGUCAUGUAAACAUUGAUACUUUCACAAAAUCUCUGUAACUGCGACAUAAAAAUAAAGAUUAAUUGUUAAUUCUGAAUAUAUUUUCUACUUAGAAUAAAUAGAAUACUGUGCGACAUGUUUGUAAUUGAUUAAGUGUCAAUGAACUUGUACAUUUCGUUUUAAAAUUGGUGCAUACGGACAUAUGAUAGUGAGGAAGAAAAAUCAAUAAUUCUGCAGUGUCUUCGUUGCUAGGCUGUGGGUGAUGCAGUGCAAAAUAAACCGAUAAAGAUUAAAUUUUCUUCAAUAUGACGUGAGUAACAAAUAUUUUGUUACAAUAUUCUAUCGAAACAUGAUGGAAGGUAUAAUAACUUACAGAGUGACUCCACUAUUGAAAUGUAUAGUGCUGUUCCUGUUUAUUUUUACGGCAAAGGUGCUCACCUCGCGGCCUCAAGAGCCGCAAGAUCUAAGGAAUGGCAUUCAACACCUAAAACCUUCUCACUAUGUGAGAACUUUCACAAAAUACCACCAUAGAAGGACAAUACAGUGGAAUAGUCAACAAAAUGAUUUAAAUAACGACUGGCCAGUUACAAAUGAGCAGCCAAAAGCUAUUGGUAAAAGAAAUGCUGAUUUACCCAACUACGUAGAGGUCAGAGACGUGUCUAAAGUCUAUCAACAUGCAAAGCUUUUGAAAAAACGGAGCAUACCUGAUAGUUUAUUGAAAAGAGUUUCUAAUGAACCUGUUAAGCGUAAAUACUGGUCGGUUGAGCAUUCGAAGAUUGGUAAAAGAAGCCUUGAUGUUCCAAAUUCAAAUGAAUUUGUUGGUACCUCACAUGAGUUGCCCAGACUUGAUCAGUUCACCUCAGACACUGUUCGAGACAACAUCGUAGGCUCAUUUGAAAAGAAGCCUAUAAUUUCUAGUAAAGAGAAUAAAGGGAAGAAUGGUUUGUCUGCUGAAAUUAAGAAUUAUAAGGUUAAACAGCGUAUGAUACCGACUACUACUACCACGACUAUGGGACCUACAAUAUCAUGUUUGUAUAAGAUUCAUGAUAGCGUGGCCAUGAGUGUUACGCCGUCUUAUGCUGAUGAGGUCAACGCACAGCUGGUUGUUGAAAAUGAUAGUUUUGAAACUGGCCCAAUAUCGGAGACCACCCUACCCAAUGGUGAGGUGGCUCAAGUAGAACAGUGUACAGACACAAGAGCUUCUUGUUAUACUCUGUGGCAUCAGGAUAAGGAUGGCAACGUCACUGUGCUUGGUCAAGGUUGCUGGCGUUCGUCACAGUCGGAAGGGCGGAGCACCUGCGACAGAUGCACCAAGGUGGCCGCUCCAAGACUCCCAGGCACCAAGUUCUGUUGCUGCAGUAAUACUUACUGCAAUGCUGAUUUCUUAACCCUCAAAGAAGAAACAGUAACAAUGAAAGCGGAGUCCACAAUGGACAGUGGUGCCCACAACAUAGUGGCUGCUUCUAACAUCCUGGCAUCAUCCGUGCUGGCUGUAGUAGCUAUACUGAUCAUGGCACUGCUGCUAGCCAAGUUAUAUUGUAGGAGUAACAGUCACCAUCAUAGUGAUACUGACACGCUUAAUAUUGAGAAAGGAGAGGUGAUGGGUAGCGGCCCUGACGCGCUUGCAACUGGACUGUCUUGCGUCGAUAAUCUUACAUUGAUUGAGCAUAUUGGUCAGGGUAAAUUCGGUUCCGUCUGGCGCGGCAGUCUGGGCAGCACUCCCGUAGCUGUCAAGUUAUACUCCAACUCCAACACUUGGCAGAAGGAGGCAGCAGUUUAUGCGUUACCCCAUCUAGCGCAUCCCAAUAUAUUGCGGUAUUACGGCAGCGACAGCCGUGCCAGUCUAACAUCCUGUGGCCGUUCUCAACUCAUAGUAGUAGAACUAUGUGCGGAGCCGCUGAGAGCUCGUCUGACUCGCGCCCCUCUGUCGUGGCGGGAGUUCGCGCAUCUCGCGCACGGACUCGCCGCAGCUCUCGCGCAUCUGCAUACACCUAGUGGUAGCAAGCCGUGCGUGGUACACCGCGACGUGAAUAGCAACAAUGUGCUAGUGACUGCGUCGGGCGACGCUCGCCUCGCAGACUUGGGGCUUGCUCAGCUGUUGCACGCGGCCAGAGAUAAGGCUGUGCCUACUAGGAUUACUGAGGCGGGUACUCUGCGCUACCUGUCCCCCGAAGCACUGGAAGGUGCCUUGGACCUGAGCGGAGCCCGGGCAGCCCUGUGUGCAGUAGACGUGUUCGCACUCGCGCUGGUGCUGUGGGAGAUGCUGUGGCGCACCCGCGGGGCCCACGCCGGGCCCCUGCCGCCCUACGCGCCGCCCUACCAGCACCACGGCCUGCCGCCGCGCCCUAGCCUGGCACAGAUGCAGAGCCUAGUAUCCCGCAACAAGGCGCGGCCGCCGUUACCGAAGGGUCCGGUGCAACAGUCCCGAGCGUUGAAAAUAGCGGCCGAUACCUGUGACGAGUGCUGGGACCAUGAUGCUGAGGCUAGAUUAACAGCGGUAUGCGUGGAAGAGCGCAUGGCUGAACUCAAGCAGAUGCUACACGCUCAGGGGCCGCUUAUACACGACAACAACUUACACCCACACCCGCCUGCGGACUCCAACGUCCCAUCGCCACCGGAAUCGGACAAGAACUCCAACUGUACUACAACACAGAACUGUGACGUUCACACCCCCCUACUGUACCCCCACCCACACAUAGGCAGGAACGCCUGUAUCGAACGCAACACACACACUAACACACAGCAAACCACCGUCGAACUCAUACACAAAAGCUUAAAAGACAUCACCGCCCCCAUAGAAACUGUAAGAGCCCCUAAUAAUGAAGAAAAUUGCCUUUCCGUAGCUAGGGUCCCGAGCCAUACGCGUAUCCCACUUUUAGAAAACUCUGGAUUAUCCGAAGUAAGGUCCUACCAAAGACCUUUAGAAUACGUUCAAAAUGAUGUUACAAACCACGAUAUCGAUAGAGGUCCGAAACAAACGAAUCUACUCCAAGAUGUUAAAGUAGAAAAACCUAAAUGGGGUAUCAAAAAAUUCUUCGAGAAACUAAAUAGAAAUAAAAUGGAAACCGAAGUCAAGUUGGCGGAAAAUUCCCAAAGGACCAUGACUUCGAUAGUCGAUAAACCUUCUAAUAUUAACGAGAGGGAACGGCCUUCUAAUUUAACUAUUAGCCAAGAUAGAAGUCCCUAUAAUUUCGAAGGACCUUGUACCUUAUCUCCUCCGAAUAAGACUCUUUCUCCAACGAUGAUGAUGGAAUCAGAAAACAAAGUAUUUAAUUUCAAAGAACUGCCAAAUAGAGAGACUGAAGCCCGAACUCCGAAUCAAAUUUUCGCAGUCAUAGUACCGAAAGCGAAACCCCCAGAUUUUAUGGAAAUGAAAAACAGGAAAGGCAGUUCAGAAAGUCUAAAUAAGCGAUCAGUAAAAACUUCUUUAUCUUCUCAAAGUAUUUUGAAAUCGAAUUCCGAGUCUGAAGAUUCGACGGUGAAGAAACGCUUGAGUUGUGACAACAGAAUUAUUAAUAGUGCUAGUUCUUCUAGAGCGAGUAUUAACUUAGAACUACAAUAUAUGGAUACCCCAGAUAAUUACAAUGGGAACAUAAGCCCUUUUGAUAUUAACUCCGACUGCUCAAGUAGUGAGGACGAACAUUUAAUGCUGUUAUCAGAAAAUGGAGGCUCAAAAAUUACAAUGCAAACAAUACCUAAAACGGACGUAGACAAGAAAAAAUACCAAAAUGAAGUACUGAAAGAAUCGAGCCAAGUUACCGACUUCACUUUUAACAAAUUCCAAAAUAAAUAUACUAAUUUCGAUAAUGAAUUUAGCGAUCCGAAUGAUAAAGAGAAUCUAGUGAACGGUUACAGCGGAGAUAAUCCCGUUUACUUAGCAGCUUUAAACGGAGAAAUUGAUACUACAGAAUUAAAAUAUCCGGCUUGUAGAUCCCCUAAACCUACUUUGAAAAACCUAGCGAUAAAAAGACAGCAUUCUUUAGAGCAAGUCAGUGAGAUUUUCACUUCUGCGGGUGAUGUUAAUCUUCUGAAUCCUGCAGGUAGGGUUAAGACGCCAGGGGAUCUUCCUGUCGCCGUCAGAAGGGCGAGAAGAGAUAGGGCCUUACAGAAGGGAAGGGCUAGCGAAUGUAAUAGAUUGAGUUUAUACGACGAUAGAAUGAUGUUCGGUAAUAGUUUGUAGGUGGGUCACGUGAAUUGAUACUUUAAGAAAAUAUACUUGAAGGGGGUAAAAAUAAUCAUUUGUAAAGGUACUGAGGUAGUCAUGAAAACAAGCUUAAAAGUAUUGCUUUUAAAAGCCCCCUAUUGAGGUAUGAAAAUCAUUAGUAACUUUAUUUUUACACAUUUUAGGUGUAAUACAAAAUGGCUAGACAUUUCGCUAAUUAGCUGAAGAACGUCACUUUCUAUCGAUGUUAUCGAUAAAAUACAUCACUAUACUUUUAAGAUGAUUUCAAGAUUUCAAGUAAAAUGAUCAAAAUAACUGAAAAAUGCAAGCUUCUUAAUAAGGGUAACAGUCAGAUUUUGUUAGAAGCUACUUAUUUAUCGACACAAUAUCAUAAAAAUAUGAUAAUUCAUAAAAUAUAUUUCACUUAUAUACCGUAUUUCACGAAAAAUAAUAUAGAAUGACAUUUCCUAAUGCAUUUAUGUGAAUAGUCAGCAAAAUAAACAAAAAAGCGAUAUGCUUUCAUAAAAAUCGUUACCUCACAUUAAAAUUAAGAAAUAUAAAAAUAAAUGUAACUAUUAACAUUCGUGCUUUUAUCAAAUUCUUUCAUUGAAUAAACUAUAUUUCACUUUGACCGGAAAAUGUUCGCAAUUUAUCUGUCAAAUUAUUUUAAACUAAUGUUUGUAUGAAAUAUUUGCUACGAUUUGCAUGCUAUUUAUUCAUAUUAAAUAUUUUCUCACUUUACCCGGUUAUUCCUUGUAAUACGAUGUGUAUUUUUAAUGCAUUUGAGGGAAGAUUUUUCAACCAUCAGUUAACUUCUAUCUGAGGAAUAAACAUACCGGGCUGCGGGAUUGUUCGCGCGAGUUACCGCGGCCCUGGUACACUGUGGGCUCCAGAAGGAACAUGGUGGGUUUUACUCAGUAAGAGUCUGACACUCACUCACGCUGCACCCACAGCGGGAGGGGUCAUUUGAUGAUUUCUCACCAAGAAAAGGAAUAAAUGUAUCAGUUUGAUAUAUUUCCUAUACAAAAUCUGUCAAAAUGAACAUAUUCUUCAGAGUUAUGUGGUGAUUGAAAAAUCGGCCCUAAGUAAGGUAAAUGUUAUGAGUAACGUUUGAUUGCAGUAUGUUAAUUAGUUUAUUUAUUUUUUAUUGUUGAUAGUAAUGAUUUGCGCGGAAGAAUAAAAUAGGUGUUUUUGAAAAUAUUUUAAUAUCUCGCUGAUGAAAUGAUAUCUUUCUUGAAGGCUACAAUUUUCGCUUGACAAUUUAAAUAAUAUCUUGAGAGUUAUAAAUUCAGGGAUUUUCACUUUAAUGCUUAUUUUUUUGUGAUAUGAAUUUUGCCUGUGCAAUUUCCCGCAGCUGGGCUAAUCUUCCUCUACCUUUCACACCAGAUAAUGUGUUCCUUUUUUCGACCUUUUUAUAUCAAUAUGUUGAUAAUUCUUUCUGUUCGUUCAUACCGCGUGAAUUAUUAUUGUAUUAUAUUUGUAAAUAGUUUUUAAGUUCCUAUCGGCAGCCAUUUUUUAUUAAUUUGUUCAUUAUUUUUGUUUAAACAUUGUUAAGUUUAAGUGACAUUCGAAACAUUACGUUUUUGUUUUAUAUAAACUUUAAUUAUUAUUCAAAACUGAUAGUUUUAGCUCUUUUUAUCCAUUUAGCUUUAAACAUUUUUGUAAAUAUUCCUGUAAUCUUCGUGAAUUUGAUAUUAUUAUUGAAUUUUAUAUUUGUGGUGUGUUUAUAUGUAUUACGGCUAACUUACGCGGUUGUUUCUUGAAUUAACCGGUCGAUGUGCGAAAUGUCGAACAAUUCAAAAACAAAACAUCAUCUUCAUCUGACUAGCUUUUUCGUAACAACAGAAAAUAUUAAUGUCUGGAUUUUUAUUUCGCACAUCGACCGGCUAUUUUAAGAAAUAUAUUUAAUUCAUUCCAUUAUACAUUCAAAUACAAGAAGAUAUUAUAGAUACAUUAAGCAGAAUCCUAAAAAAAAAACAUAUUUCGUGCAAUCUCGUUAAAAACUGUUUUGAAAAUAAAAAAGUUCGUGAUUUUAAAAUGUAAGUAGUUGUUUUUAGAAGCGAAAUCUCGGUGUAGUAGAAAAAUGUUGAUAUUUGGAUGUUUGAAAACUUAAAAUCACGACUUUUGAUCAAAUGAUUAUAAUUGAAAUUAAAAUAUGUAGCAAGCAAACUAUAAAACAUGUUGAUAAAAAAAAUGUAUUUAAUUAAUUGUAUCUCUAACUAUGUAUACCGUUCGAGUGUUGACGCAAAAAUGGCAAUGCAUUGUUUUUUUUAUUAAUGUCCAGUAGGACAAAUAUAUGAAUUCCAUGAGAUAUUUCUGUACUCUAUAAAAUAUGCGUUUCAAAUCUUUACAUAUUUGUUUAAUUUGCUGUGCGUAUAUCAAUUUUAUGUAUGUUCGGCGCGGCAUAUCUUCAUCUACCAUACUCUUCUAUUAUUUUUUCUGGACAAAGGCCUCUUCCACACGCUUCCAUGCUAAAGAAAUGCAUUUAAAAAGUUCUGAAAUGAUAAAAUGGAAUCUGCUAAGAUUUUUUGCGUGAACACGCGUGCGGUCAGCACCAAUAAACGUUGUAAAUGUAUACCAUAGACCAUAGAGCGAUUAUAGAUUGUUGCGAGUUGUGCGGGUUCACUAGUUGGAAUAAUUCAUUUGUUUAAUACAAUGUCAUUCUUUCGACCUACAUUAUAAUAUUAAAACCGUCUCUCCGAGAUUUUUUGAGUACUUAAGCCUAAGAUCACCGAUAACAUAAA